AUGUCGGACCACGAAGAAGUCUUGGACACGGGCUACGAGACCCCAAUCCCGGAGCUGGAUGACCACCGUCAACAGCACCAGAGCCCCUCGAUCUCGCGGGACGAGCGACCUCGUCGGGGUACCUUCGACUCCCAAUUCGGCGGCCGACGACGCACCGGCUCCGAUGCCUCGAGGAGCGGAUUGCCUCACCCUAGCAUUCGCGUUCGCGAUUUCGAGGAGGCCAUCAUCGAUGAUGAGGCUGGUGAGAUCUCGCCCAUGGGCCGACGCCAGCGACGAGGCACAGUGGACACGACGGCUUCGUCGCGCGAGCCAUCCCCGCCGAACUCCGUCAAGGCGUUCGCGCUUGCCCGUCGCCCGCCCGCGUUGUCUUUCUCAGAGCAACGGCCGGAUAAUGUGGAGCUGCAGAGGACCAUGUCAAUCACCAGCCGCCACAGCCACCGGAGUAAGUCCCGCACUGUGAAAGACAGCGACGUCGCCAGUGUCAACACAAACAGGUCUGCUGCCGAGGAGGACGUCUGCUUUCCUCAUGGGAAUCGUGAUGGCCCAGACUUCUACGUCGACUUCGAGUUCCUCGAGGACUUCAUCCGGUCGCAGAGAAGCGAGCGUCUUUCGUCCGACGCAAGGGAAUUCGCAGACUUGCGCCCGCAGACGACAACGAAUGGCGGUCCAACGCAGAUGGCUACUGCGGAUGGAGACAUCAUCGAAAUGCCAUCGGGAUCUUCGAUCCAGGAGGAGAAAGUCAAGGUGGAACCCAGGCAGGCCAUGACAGAAAAGAUCCCUGCCCAGCGAUUCAGCUUCUUCUCCUCGGCCUGGGACCAGACCAUUCAUGCGGCGGACUUAGAAGACCUGGCCCUGCCAGGCGAGGAGCUGCGGAGCCUCUUCACCUUUCCAAACGACGGCGAAGACUACGUCUGGUGGCUGAAUGUGAAUUGCCCCACCGACGACGAGGUACGCGCGAUCUGCAAGGCGUUCGGAAUCCAUCCCUUGACAGUUGAAGAUAUCACGACACAAGAAGCCCGCGAGAAGAUCGAACUGUUCAAGUCCUACUACUUUGCGAAUUUCCGGUCCUACAUGGCCGUGUACGAUGAGGAUGGCGAUCGAGAAUUUGAACCCUUCAACAUGUUUGUGAUUGUGUUCCGAGAGGGCAUUCUCAGCUUCAGUCACACCUUCAACUCGCACGCCUCCGAUGUCCGUCAGAGGAUCUCAACAUUGAAGGAUUAUGUUGAUCUCAGUGCUGACUGGAUUUGUUAUGCCAUUAUCGACAACAUUGUAGAUAACUUUGGCCCGGCUAUUACUGAGGUGCAGAAUGCGGCUGAUGCACUCGACGAUGACGUCUAUCGAGCCCGGCCCGACGAUGAAGAGAACCAUCCCUUCCUGCCAAGACUCGGUCAUAUCCGCAAGAACAUCAUGGGUCUGAUGCGCCUCCUUGGAGGCAAGGCCGAUGUGCUCAAGGGCUUCACCAAGCGCUGCAACGAGAACUACCAAGUCACGCCGCGCAUGGAGGUCGGCCUCUACCUUGGCGAUAUCCAGGAUCACGUCGUGACCAUGAUGAAUACCUUGGGACACCUCGAGAGGAUGCUGUCGCGAGCCCACAGCAACUAUCUGGCGCAGCUGAGCAUCGACAGCAUCACCCAGGGCACGCGAGCCAACAAGGUCCUUAGUAAGAUCACGUUCCUCGCCUCCAUCAUUGUGCCUCUGAACGUGGUCACGGGUCUCUUCGGCAUGAACGUCCCGGUCCCAUUCGGAGACCCUGGUAACCUGACGGCCUUUUUCACGAUCCUGGGUGUCUUGAUCGCCUUCUCGAUCAUAUGCAUCCUCGUGGCCAGGAGGCUUCGCUAUAUAUGA